UACGGCCAAUGACAAGUGAAGCAUUACAUGCGCUUUUGUGUUGUUGCUAUGACAACUAAUACAAACAGUAGCACAAGGCAAGACUUGCUAGUAUAAAAUUACUUUAGUAAUAUCGGUAAAACAAAAAAAUGGUAAGAAUUACUGUGGAUCUUGUGAGAAAACGGUCAGAACACAAUGAAGGAGAAAUAUCAACACUGGAAGAAAUAUCUCUGCACCAAGAGAACAUUGACAAAAUUGAGGGUCUUGACAAAUGGUGUCGUAAUCUAAAGAUACUAUUCCUACAAUCCAAUCUUAUCCCAAAAAUUGUUUGUGUGGUUUCAGAAAAUUUAUCAAGGAUGAAGAAACUUGAAUACUUGAACUUGGCAUUGAAUAACAUUGAGAGAAUAGAAAAUUUGGAAGGCUGUGAAUCACUCCAAAAGCUAGAUCUUACUGUUAAUUUUGUUGGAGAACUUACAAGUGUGCAAAGUUUGAAAAAUAAUAUUCAUCUACAAUCACUAUACUUGACUGGCAACCCUUGUGCUGAUUUCAAAGGCUACAGAAAAUAUGUUAUUGUAACUCUGCCACAACUGAAAAUUCUGGAUGGACAGGAGAUUGAGAGAUGUGAAAGAAUUUUGGCAGCCCAGGAGUAUGAAGAAGUCAAGAAGUUUAUUUUGUCUCAUGAACAAGAAUAUAAAGUGAUGAGAUUAGCUCAAAAACAGCAUGCCAAGCAAAGGAUAGAGGAGGAGGAGAAGAAAUAUGCAGAAGCACAAGACAAACCAGAAGAGGAGAGAUUGCAAGAAUACUGGUCUGAAGUGAGUGACCACAGCCCAGAGACAAGAAUGCAGAUAGCAGAACACGUUCUUAAACAGCUGGAACAAAACCAAAAAAGACAUGAUAAUGACCCAGCAAAAACACCACAACGGGUGUACAAACUGUUCAAUGCUGAUGGAAAGCCUCUUAAUGUUAAUGAGGCCAAGAUACCAUUUAUUCUCACUGAGAAUGAUGCGACAAACAGCCUCGUGCUAGACAUUGCUGUGUAUAAGUACUUAGAUACAGCUCUACUUGAUGUGGACAUCCAGCCAACCUAUGUGAAAGUGCUCGUAAAAGGCAAAAUAUUUCAAAUUGUUUUUCCUGAGGAAAUUAAAAUAGAGUCAUCCACAGCUCAGAGAUCACAAACAACAGGUCACCUUGUCAUAAAUAUGCCCAAGAUGAGUGGUGGAAUAAAGCAAAAGACAGUGAAAUGUGUUCAAACUGUGAAGCAAGACGAAGAAGUCAGAACUCACUCAAAAACAAUGCGAAGGGAGUUGCUGGAAAUUGGAAGGUCAGAUGACAUGGACUUCAGCAAGAUUGUCAAAAUAAAUAAACAUAAUAAGUAUGAACAUGUGAGAAGAAAAGAUGUGGGACAGUCUGCAGUAUCAACUGACUUUGAAGAUAACCCUGAAGUGCCACCUCUGGAAUAAUGCAAUUAUGCAUAAUUCCUACAGUCUGUAAUACAACCCAUACUGAAUAUUAAUGACAAAUAUCUAUGCUGAUUGCAGUCAACAGAUGUUAGCUGUUUUGAUUGAGAAUAAUGUAGACAAAGGUUAAAAGAUAAAAAAAUCAGAUAAGAACAAUAAAACUGAUAUUAGAUGUUCAGUUACUAAAGUAAACAGUAGUAAUUUCACAGCUGACAUUGUUUGAAUGUGUUUACAGGAUGGAAAAUGAGAUAUAUUCUAAGAACACGUGUAUUAUGUAGUGGAGUUUAGCAGGUCUAUCAAAGAAACAUGCUAAAACAUGCAUAGUGGAGUAUCUGAACUUUGUAAACAUGUAAGCCAAGCAGUGAAAUCAAAUCAGUGCCUUAGAUGGCUCUGAUUAUAAUAAUUAGUGAGGAAUAAGUUAAAAUAAGACAAGACAUUCUGCAGAUGUCUUUUCAGACAAUCACAUAAGCAGUAUGUAUAUAAAUAGAUCAUCAGAAGUAAUUCUAAACUAUAUGUACUGAUGUUCAAUACACUGGCACUUCUUUCAUAACAUUGAAGGUUAAAAUAAGAAUUUUGCUACUUUAAAGUAAGUUUAAAAAUUUAAUUCUGAAUAUAAUGGUGUUACUUUAUGAUGGAAAACUUAUGACAACUGUUUUUAUUUUCUGCCUGACUGUUAUAUGAAUAUAACUGCUAGUGUUCUUACACCUUUCUCAUAUUAUUUAAAUUACCUUACUAAUUUUAAACUUCAAAUUCCUAAAGUAUGAUUUGCACAGACUUAUUUUCCAAACUGAGGUAUCCUAAAUAUGAAUAUUUGUGCUUUGAGACCUGGAUUCAUUUAAAUAGUGGCAGAAUAACAGAGGCUGAAAUAAGAACAUAUUCUUAAUUAAGUUGAUAUACUUUCCAGUGAUAUAUAAAUUUACCAUUUCAAUUUUUAUCACAGCUAUGUUUCAUUUUUUACAUCAAGUUAAUAAAUAUUCCAGAAUGAUAUACAA